GAUUUUAAAAAAGUGAAUAAAAAUUUUUAACAACGUAGAUUUAUAUUUUGAAGACAGUUAUGUUGAAAGGACAGCAACGAAAUUACUUAGGCAGCGACGGUUCAUCAGAGAUCACUCUAAUCCCAUGGAACUUUCUUCAGUGUUAUUUAAAGAAAACUUUCGGUUAAGUAAGGAUGCAUUUAUGUAUGUGCUAGACAGCAUAAAGGAAAAAUGGCCGACUAAUCUAUCGUCAAUAUCGCCAAUGUUGAAAUUGUGCUGCGUUCUCAGGUUUUUGGCUCAUGGGAGCUAUCAGCAAACAGUGGGAAACGAUUUCCAACUAGGUAUUGCGCAGCCCACUGUUUCGUUGAUUUUUAAGGAAAUGCUUCCAAUAUUGGAAUCCACUCUGUGCAAUGUCUGGAUCAAAACAGACAUAACUGAAGAGCAGAAACGAACAACAAGAAGGAAAUUUUUCAUCAGAUCUGGAAUUCCAAAUGUGGUUGGUUGCGUUGAUGGAACCCAUGUUGCAAUUAUUGCUCCAUGUGAGAACAAGCACUUAUAUAUGAAUAGAAAAGGAUUUUACAGCAUAAAUGCGAUGAUUGCAUGCGAUCAGGAUAUGGUUAUACGAUGUGUUGAUGCGAGAUAUGGAGGAUCUAGCCACGACUCAUUUGUGUGGAACAAUAGCGCAUUAAAAACAUAUCUGGAGCAAACAUACCAAAGAGGAGAUCACAAUUCGAUUUACUUAGGUGAUUCUGGUUAUCCACUACACGAGUAUCUAUGGACGCCUUUCCGAAACGCUUUGGCAGGAACAGUGGAAUGAAAUUUUAAUAAGAAACAUGCAAAGGAACGUAGUUGAAAGGACGAUUGGAGUGCUGAAAUGCCGUUUUCGAUGUAUACUAGGUGAACGUAAACUACGAUAUCCUCCUAGUAAAGCAACUAUUAUUGUAAAUGUUUGUAAUCCUGAAGAAGAAACUUUUGUUGAUGUAGUAGUACCACUGGAACCAGUUGAAGGAAACUUCAGUGGAACAGCAGCAGAUCAUCGCCGAAGACAAAUUGCGAAUGCAUUGUCAUAGCUUAGUUGCAUCCCUAAAAUAUAUGUAAAAUAUAUGUACAUAUA